AUGAGUGAGGAAGCCGGAGAGGACGCACAGCGCAAAGCCGCCGAGCGCGAGGCCAAGAAGGCCGAGGUGCGCAAGCGUCUCGAGGAAGCCGGAAACAAGAAGAAGUCCAAGAAGGGAUUCUUGACACCAGAGCGUAAGAAGAAGCUUCGUAAGCUUUUGAUGGUCAAGGCCGCCGAAGACCUUAAGAGACAGCAAUUGCUCAAGGAGCAAGAAAGACAGAAGGCUCUUGCCGACAGAACCAUCCCACUCCCAAAUGUCGACUCCAUCGAGGAUAAGGGACAACUCGAGAAGAUCUACAACGACCUCUGGGCUCGUCUCACACAGCUUGAGGAAGAGAAGUACGAUAUCAACUACGUCGUCUCCCAAACCGAAUCAGAGAUCAACACCCUCACUAUUGAGGUCAACGAUCUUCGCGGAAAGUUCGUCAAGCCUUCCCUCAAGAAGGUGUCGAAAUAUGACAACAAAUUCAAGAAGAGUGCAGACAGCAAGGCUGGAGGCAAAGAAGAUUUCCGUGCUAACCUCAAGAUCGUCAAGAAAGAUGUUAUGGAAUCCAUCACCAAUGUUAAGAAGAAGGACGACAAGCCAGACUGGUCUAAGAAGAACAAGGAAGCCAAGGUCGAGGAAGCUGCCCCAGCUGCCGCCGCCCCAGAGCCAGAGCCAACCGCAGAAGAGCCAGAGGCUGCUGAUCCAGAAGCCGGUUGGUCAAAAAUUGCUUGA